AUGGCGGAUUCAUCCGAAUUUUCAAGCCUAAAGUCUCGACAGAAACGUGUACUACCCUCCCGUUCACGUCGCGGUGGUCCUGGAAUAGGAAGCUGUGAUGUUGACCUCAUGAUAUUGGACGCGCAGAGACGAAGAUUUGAAAAUGAACCGCUCAUUCCGGCAAAUACGCAGUUCUUAUUGACUACAAAUUCUGCCCUAGUAACCCAACCCUCAUCCUCGACUGACUUCGGACUCAAUAGUCAUGCAAAUCAACGCUAUUUCGACAGACCAGAUGUUAUGCAAGCUUAUCGAGAACAGCAAAUCAUACAAACUCCAGAAUUCACUACGUUGUCAGAGGAUGCUAGCGUUGGGGGUAGAUUCAGGCCGAGAAUUUCUGCGGAGCUCCCUGAGUCGGCAGACACCUCUGAUGCCGUGUAUGAAAAGCGCCAUCGGAAGUACGAGACGUUUGAAAAGCGUCAGCGUCUCCGUGAAAAGGAGAAGCUGAAGCAUGAGCAGUACAAGCUCAAGGAGAGGAUAGAACAGCUGAAGGCAAUGGAUGGAAACGCGUUCCUCGGUUUGCCUGCAUCAUCUUUCCCCCUACCGCCUGAGGUAGUUCAGGUCGAAGAUAGCCAAGACGUGAGCCUUCCGGGAAUUUACGUCGACGGCGCAGCCAUUUGCAGCGAGGGGGAGAGGCGACGGCAGGAGAUGCUUGAGGUAGCCUCUAUCUUGGAGGAUCGGUACCGCACCCUGUUACCGUCGGACAAGAAGAGCUAUUUCGAUCAGAAGAAAGCGAGCAGGCAGAGCAGUGUCAAUAUCCCUCCUCCUCCUCCUCCCCCCGACAUCCAACCGCAAGACGAGUCAAUCGUUAAUGGUCGAGCUCCCGCGGCCACUUUACCUCCAAAAGCCAGCACAUCACUCGUGUUGAAAAUCAAGGUACCAAAACAGUCAAGCUUUUCCCCAUCAGUAUCCAACACCCCAGCACCCAAGCCCACAAUUCAUCUGUUAUCUUCAUCACCGCCAAAAUCCAAAUCAGUAUCCAGAGCGUCCCCAGCGAAACCAAUAUCCAGAGCCUCUUCUGAUACAGAGUCUGUUGAAUCCGAACGACCGCGCAAACGCGCAAGACCGUCACACCUUGAUGAAGCAUAUUCUCCAAACUCUACUCCAGAACAUCAUGCACCACGACCUUCGCACCCAGCGCCAGCGCUAAAACCAGAACCAUGCGUUCUCAUGCAGGCUGCUAUCCGCGCUUCCUCUGCGCCAUCGGCUCGUAAAACGCACAGACAUGUAACUGCGUUUGGCGCAAAAGUACCACAGGAUAUUGAAGAACUGAGGGACUUCGAGCUUCCUGAAUGGAUAGUCCCUUUCCAACCCGAGUAUACAGAUUCUGCGGGUCACACACCAGAACCUGCUAUCAUUGCAGAGGAGCAGCCUGAGACGAAUGGUGCUAUGCUUGCCGUUGUUUGA